AUGGAUGCAGCACCUCUUCUUCGUGGAUCUGAGUUACUGCUGGGCAAACUACCACUCGUAGCCAAAGCACAUGCACUCGCACGGCAGGACCCGGCGGAUCCACAGGCGGAGUGUAAUGUACUUUCAUACGGAACAGAUGUGUACCGCGUGUUGGCCUGCAGAGACACACCUGUUGCUCUGCCAACACACAUGACGUUUCUAACUGCACUGGAGACAGCAAGACGUGAGGAGAAAGAGAAAGAAACAGAAACAGACACAACGACAGCUGUGCACAGCAAUGAGAAAAAGAAAAGGAAGGAGGAGGAGAAGGAGAAGGAUAAUAGUGAAGCAGAGAACGAAGAAGAAGAAGAAGACGAAGAAGCGGUAUUGGGUAGUGUACCACGUGGGAAGGAGGAGUUAAAAUUACUGCAUGCUAUUCGAGAGCCGUUAGAAAGAGUAGGGGAAAGUGUGCGGGGGAGUGAAAACAAGAAAAUUAAUAACAAUAAUAAUAGCAUUAGCAGCAGUGGUAUUGCUGCUGCUACUGCUCCUGCUGGACGUAUAUCAUGGGAACUUUUGCUCGAUUCCCUUAUGACUCGUGGAGCUGCUGCAGGCGAUGAGGAUGAUGAAAAGGUUCGUUCUUAUCUUCGCCGUGUUUCCUGGAUUGGGCAGCAGAAGAAACUGCAUGCUGUGCACAGUGGAUCAUUGGAAUCCCGUGGAGGCAGUGAACAGCCUUGGAUGAGCAUGAGUGAGGCGAUGCGGGUGCAGAAAGAGAUUCAACGUAUGCGGACUCAACGGAAUCGAUUUCACAGAGCAAAAAAAGAAUGA